AUGAUUGUGAAUGGACACUCGGAAAAUACUGUUGAAAUGAAAUUUGACAUGGAUGGUUCAACUAUUGAAGGGCUUGCCCUAACGCCAGAUAAUCAAUCCUACUUACAGUCGCAUCUGAAACAAGAACAGCUGACCAACGACAAAUUGGUCAAAGUUCAGGCAGAAAAUGGUAACUGUAUAGACUCAGCAAUGAAGUGGUCAGCAAAGCGACAAUUGUCAGACGACGAGGAAGAAGAUGAUGACGACGAAGAAAUUGACAUCGAUGAUAGUGGACGAUCCUUUAUGGAUACUUCUGCUUCUCCUGUUAUGUCUCCAGAAAAUUCAGACAUUUUUGACAGAAGUGAUGAAAGCCAUGGAAAUAAUGACAGUGAUGAAAGUCUAAAGGAAAAUAAGAAAAGAGAGAAAGGCAAUGUUGUUAAACCUCCAUAUUCUUACAUCGCUCUCAUCACCAUGGCUAUCCUCCAGUCUCCGAGAAAACGACUAACACUUUCUGGAAUUUGUGACUUUAUCAAGAAUAGAUUCGCCUACUAUCGUGACAAGUUCCCUGCAUGGCAGAAUAGCAUUCGUCAUAAUUUGUCUCUAAAUGACUGUUUCCUAAAGAUCCCGCGAGAACCAGGGAACCCCGGAAAAGGGAACUAUUGGACCCUUGAUCCAAGUAGUGAGGACAUGUUUGACAAUGGCAGUUUCCUGAGGAGGAGAAAAAGGUACAAACGGUCCACACCUGACGUGAUGCAGCAGCCCACAGCUUUCAUGUCCGCCGGAGAUCCAUAUUUCCAUCACCCGAGUUUCCUGAAUGCCCAUUACUCACACCCUCAUCACUCCCAGGCCAUGCCAGGCACGGGUGUCCCAUACCCGUAUAUUUCACCACUCAUGACUUCACAUCUAUCCUUCUUCCCUCAAGGUGGGGAGUUAAGCACCAGACCAGCAUUACCACCUGCUUUGGCGCUGGGAUUCUCAGGCACGCUUCGGGAUUCUGCAAUUUCCAACCAUUUGAGCAGGGGUUUGAGUGCUCCGUCUCCACACAGCGUGGCGUCCACGCCUAGUCCCGUGUUAUCAUCCACCUCCCCACCCAAGUCCGGGUUCUCAAUAGACAGUAUCAUGGGCAAUACAGACAGUAAAAAAUCAUCAUCAUCAUCACAGUCAUCGCCUUCAGCAUCGUCAAAUACAUCAUCAAUUUCAUCCUCAUUCCGACCGGCAGCAGGACUUUCACUUUCCAGUGCCAUGCCUGGACUUCGGCCGGGACUUUUGGACAUGGGUAGACCAUCUACAAACUCUGCUUUUCUCGCACAACUACAAGCUUCUAUACCGAACUUGAAUGCUCUCGAUAUCGAGAAAUACCGCCAGUACAUACAGGCUUGUGGCUUCGGUAGCUGGCCAAGAUAG